GCACACCAUCCAACGCCGACCGCCGCUGCCGCCACAACCACCGCCGUCGCCAGCCAUGUCGCUACAGUCCCAGAAACCCAUCACCCUCCGAGGCUCGGCCCAGAUCGUCGUCGAGUUCUUUGAAUACGGAAUCCACACCAUCUUGUACCAGCGCGGAAUAUAUCCCGCCGAAGACUUCAAAUCCAUCAAGAAGUAUGGACAGACCCUCCUUGUGAACAACGACGACAAUGUCAAGGCAUACCUGAAGCAGAUUUUGAUCCAGCUCGAGAAGUGGAUCAUGGCCAAGACAAUCAGCAAGCUGGUAUUAGUGAUCAGCUCCAAGGAGACCCGCGAGGUACUCGAGCGGUGGCAGUUCGACAUUGACCUGGUCAAGGACGACGACAUCACGACCCAGAAGAAGAGCGGCGGCGCAAACAAAACGGAGAAGGAGAUCAACAUGGAGAUCAGCGCGAUCAUGCGCAACAUUACCGCUUCUGGCAGCUUCCUGCCCAUGAUCGACGAGCCCUGUACCUUCAAUGUCCUGGCAUACACCGAGAAGGAUGCCGAGGUCCCGACCACGUGGGUCGACUCGGAUCCCAAGAUCAUCGAGAACGCCGAGCAGGUCCGUCUGAGGAGCUUCUCGACCAACAUCCACAAGGUGGACUCGCUGGUGGCCUACAAGGUGGUGGACUAGGGCGGCCAUCGCACCGACGCUGCCUUCGACUCGGCCCGGUGCCGAUGACACGACGCAAGUUGCGGCGACAGGACCGUUCGAAGACUACCGCCCAAGGAUGCUCUCGACGAUGCGCACCGACCCAGGCGGCGACUGUGAAGACAAACGACGCUGGAUGUGGUCCUGGUAGUCUCUGCGACCGCCCGACCCUGCAACCGGCAUGCUUCUGUUGCUUAGGCACAUGCGCCGCACCGUGUUACGACAAUACAGCAGAAUGGAACAGC